AUGCAGCUGUCGAUGGAGCUGGGGGCACCAGAGAGGGUCUUUCAGAAGAACAGCCACGUGGUCGUAGACGACGAGAUGACGACGAGCAGCGAUGCAGCCAGGACCCAGGACCCACAACAGCACCUGAACCUCUGGCCGACAGAUGUCACCUUGUCAUUACACAUUUGUAGAGUAAUAGCGCUGGCUGCUGACAAAAAUGGUACUGACAACGGAGGAAAGUACAUAUGUCAGCAGGCGACAGUAUAUACAGAAAGAAAGACAACUAAGGGAAAGCUCAGGAAGUGGUCCAUCUGGAAGUCUGGGAAUCUGCUAAACCAAGCUGAGGCUCACUACAAAGGCAGCAAGCACUGCAAGAAGCUUAAAGCUCUGGAGGCCCUGAAGGCCAGACAGAGCACAGGUGCUACCUCUGACCUUGGCAGCCCAUCCACCUCCACAUCUCCCUCCUCGUCCAGUUUCACCCUGGCAUCCACCACCCUUUCAAACAGCUCUGAGCACAAAGGAUGUCACAGUGAAUGCACGAGUUCCACUACCCCAGAGUGCGAAGGAGCACAGCAGGGGGGGCGUGAGCGCAGCCCCGUCCCCCAGCAGCGAAACAGCGCCGUGGACGCCGCCGCGCACGAGGGAGCAGCUGGCGCCGCCGCAUGCCUCGGUGCUGCUCCCGCUUCAGCCAUCAUCGAGUCGGACGAGGAGAAGGCCAAGCGCCUGCUGUACUGCGGCAUCUGCAAGGUGGCCGUCAACUCGCAGUCUCAACUGGACGCUCACAACAAUGGAGCACGGCACAAGGCGACGCUCGAGGGCAAGGAUGUGAGGGCUUCAGGAAGACCUUUUCUGCGCCACAUGGGCCGAAACAAAGCAGCUAAGGCAACCAGCAGCAUGUCGGGCACCCCCACCAAGAACUUCCAGUGCCAGCUCUGCGAUGUAAAGGUCAACUCGGAGGUGCAAUUGCAGCAGCACAUAAAGAGUCGAAAGCAUAAGGACAAGCUGACGGGAAAGGCUUCCAAAUCCAAAUUUUGUCCAUACAACAAAGCUCAGCGUGCAAGUAACAGGAGUUCGUUGCUCGCUAAACUGACUUUCCGCAAAGAGCUGCUGAACUCGCUGGGGUUAAGCUUUCUGCAAUCUCCCCUCUCGGCGGCCGCUGCUGCCUUCCAGGCCACCAAUGUCCACUACACGGCAAAGCUGGACUUCCACGAGGACCUGACCAGGUUACCAUCCGCCAUGACAACAGGUUACCUGCCGUCACCCCUGGCGGCUGCCACUGCUGCGGUUGCCAUGAGAUCACCGCUGACUUUCCACGCGGCGCCCGCCGCUGCCGCCAGCCUCUUCCCAAGCCACGGUUUGGCACAAGCCCUGCUGAGGCCAGCGCCGGGGCCCAUGCGGAAUUCUCACGGGCCAAUAAUUUUCACCCCCUAUUGAUCCUAAUUCAUCUUGACCGAGGUUGGUUCACGCUCUGCUCAUUCCAGCGGACCGCCUUUCCCUUCUUGUUUGAGAAUCCGAGGAUUUGGUUACCUGUACGGUGUCGCAAAUGCCACUACGUACAGCAGUGCGACUGGCAUCUUGCUCGCACGGGUCACACCCAAUGACUAUCCCUGACGUUCAGAACACAUGAGAAAAGUGCAACUUGUGGAGAGUGGAACUUUUGAAUUGUAUGCUCCUUUGGUCCCACGACCCUUAAAUCUUACUGGAGAUUAACAUAUCUACAGGCUGCAAUGCAGCAUGGAAGUCUGUCUGGUGUGUGCCAAGUGAUGGUGCGUGGCACAGCGUGUGCAUAUGACUGAUCCGUGGACAGAGGUCACAAGGAGCCAUGAUGAUUUCUCUUGGGUGUGCCCUGCUCAGAUAUGUCUGCUUUUGUCAAUAUGCCAACUGAUCCUGGGACUUCUUAUAGAGCUGCAAAACGAGUGUGUUGUCCAGUCACACAAAACGACUGCUGUUGUGUUUUCUGCUGAAAUAUACUUGUGCAAAAUUUGAAUGUGAUCUGCAUAGCUGUGUUUCGCUGACUGUACCAUUUGCAAGACUGUGGCGAAAAGAUAUCCAUGUUUACAGUUUUUCACAGCUUAUCCUGCAACCUUAUAUGAUGUCUCUGUGAUUCUAUUGUACUGUAUUGUAAAAAACUACUCGAGCUUUCCUGCCAUACCAAAUGACCUAUUACAACGAGCUGUGCUACUAUGGCGUCUGGCAGAUGACGCGCAAGACAAGGUGACAUUGCAUAUCCAUCAAACAUUCUCAUAUUUGCUUCAUGCACCAAGAGCAGGAAAUGACAGUGAACCCAUGGGAAAGUGCAUAUACGCUGCAAAAUACGACAAUGUAUACAGUACUCCAGUGUACCUCAAGGGAAGUUCUAUGCUGAAAAUAUAUUCAUUAAAUUUCUAGAACAUGUUGCUGAAUAUAAAUGUAAUGGAAAUACUGUUUAAAUUCGGCAUUGCAUGAUAUGACAAUAACAGAGGUAUUGUUAAAUCGUCCAGUCAUUGAGAACAAAUUCAUCAAAUUGGCCACUUCCUCGAGCCAUGACGGGAAGAUUAAUGUGUGUAGGGACCCACACAACAAGCGGUGGUGGCUCCUGGUUUGUCUCAGAAUACUCGAUCUGAGCGUAAAACUGCAUUGGCAAAAGCACACUAAGAGAUGUCCAAAAUGACUGCUUCUGAAGUCAUAAAGAAAUGCAAGGUGUUCUGCUAUUCUAUUAAUCUCUUAAUGUUAUUUUACGUUGUUCAUUUGGCUGCUAUGAGUCGCUGCGUGUUGCAUACAUUUGGUAAUGGAGCAGAUGCAUUUCUUGACAGACUUUCACCAUUACUUUUGUCAACAAUAAUAUGUGUAAUAUAGAAUUUCAACAUAAUGUGCAUUUAAUUUGUAUUGGCAAACAAUGGAAUAUUCGAACCAUAUAAAUUAUCAAUUGCAAUGUUAUGUACGUUUGUGUGUUGCGAGCAACGUUAUUGUAUAUUGGGCAUUUUCAUCAUCAAAUCGCACUGGAAUAAGCCGGUGCUUUGCUCAGUCACUGCAAUAAAUAACGUGUCAUUUCUAUUUCCAUAAUCUGUCUGCGUCUUAUUUUGUCUCGUGCUUUCCCAUCUCGUGAUCUUUGUUUUAUUUUGGCAAUGGUCAUACAUUAAAUAAUGUGCCAUCGUUGUCGACACAAAUCCACAUCUACCAAGGUAAAACUCAGAAGCAUGAAUUUGCGUUGACCGUAUUUCAAUUUGGCAAGGCUUUGCUCUAUUAACUUCGAGAGUUUGUGCAGCUUUUUAGCAUAGAUGUCACUUCGUUUAAGAUUUGUACAGCUAAAAUACAUAUUACCCAACUGUUAUUGUCACUUGCUAAGAUAACUGAUAGUAUGGCGCACGUAAAAUGUAAAUGUUUGCUCCAUGUACAUUUUUUUAUUUUGAACAUGAAGCGAUGUUUUUAUUUUAUAUUGCAUUUUUAUAAUUUUCCUUGCUAAAAAAUAGUUAUUUGAUGCAGUUUGGAUGUUUUGUUUAAUUCAGCUUUUUGCCAGGAAUUUAAG